AUGCCCUCCAGAACUGCUCUCUUCUUCGCCGCCACUUUGGCUCUGGCUACUUCUGCCGUUGCUGAAGCUGACCGCCCCCGCAUCUUCUAUCCUCAGCGUGCCAAAAAGGAUAUCUACGCACAGGUCGAUUUCGAUGAUGAUGCCGACACCGACGACAAUGUAGAAAUGAAGCGCGACUUUGUCAGCUCCGUCAUGAACGGUAUCGGCCUCAACAAUGGCAAUGGCAAUGGCAAUGGCGACGGCAACACCAACACCAAUGGCGACUUUGGCGACAUUUCCAACCUCUUCAACCCCAACCAGAAGAGUCAGGACACUCCCACCACCACCGUCAUUGUUGACCAGACCGUCGUUGUGCCCCCCGGUGGCACAGGUGCUCCGAACCCCAACCCCAACCCGCAGCCCCAGCCGACCACCUCGUCCACCCGCACUGUUCGUCCUCGGCCCUCGACCACUCGCUCCGGCAUUCUCGUGGGCCCUAGUGGCGUCAUCUUUCCCUCCUCGUCCUCUGCGUCGACUGUAAGCACCAGCCUCCCGCCAACCAAGCCCGAGUCUUCUAGCACUCCCGGACCUUCCAGCAUUCCCGAGUCUGCCUCAAGCCCGAAGUUGUCUACAACUUCACAGUCAACUAUUCCACAGUCGCCAAACGGCCCCAAACCCACCACCCCCGAGACUACCACGCGCGAGACCACCACUCCUGAGACGACCAUUCCCGAGACAAACAUCUCCAAGUCCUCUACUACUACCGAGCCUUCCAGCACUCUCAAGGAGACUCCCAGUGAGACGUCGCAGCAGACGGCCGCUACCACCACUGGCGGUGGCAUCCUGGACCCUGUCACGUCCGUCAUUGGUGGCAUCCUCCCUCCGGCUUCGUCUACCAACACUACUACUCUUGAGCCCGAGAUCAGCUCUCCUCUGGGCUCCUCUACUGCCACCACAGAGUUACCUGUCAGUUCUUCGUCGCCUGUUACCUUGCCGUCGUCUGAUGCCCCGUCAUCUGCUCCUACGCCGUCGUCUGCUUCGUCCUCAUUGCCUACUAUCCCCGAUGGUACGGCUCCCGUCACCACUGCGUCGCCCGAGACUUCCACCGAGGUUGUCAACAGCACCACCCCCGAGACAAGCAUCAAGACGACGGAAUUGCCCACCAGCUCCGGCAUCAUCCCGAUCCUGACCUCGGUCGUCAGCUCGGUCCUGCCUGGUCCCGCGGAAUCUACCAAUUCUACCUCGACCGAGACUAAAACCGAGACGAGCCAGACCGGGACGAGCCCUGUUCCUAUCAUUUCGACGACUGAGACCACCAGUGCUACGACUCGGACCACCGGUGUUGUGACUCCAACCUCUGGCAGCCCUACCGACACUACGAUCUUGCCAACUACGAUCUUGCCGACUACAAUCUUGCCGACUCUGACCUCGCCUACUGUUCCUGGCGGCAACGCGACCACCACUGGCGGCGAGACGACGAGCGUCCUGAGCCCCACGCUCACUCCUACGCUCACCCCCACGCUGACUCCUACCGACUCUGUCCACAGCACUGAGACUGCGACCACGACUACUCUCACCUCGGCCACGCCGCCUACCUCAACCGAUAUUGGUGUCAUCACCUCGUCCGUGUCUAGCAACUCUACUGAGCCUGCCACCACCACGUCGCUCAAGUCGACCAGCACCGCUACCGAGACCAACCCUGUCGAGACCACCUCUGUCCAGACUACCCCUGUCGAGACCACUGUCAUUUCCACUCCCGUCGAGACGACUAUUCUCUCGACCUCGACUGUCACCCCUCCUCGCGUCACGAGCAUCGCAAUCGUCACCACCGGCCCUGGUACUAAUAACUGGUUGCCAACCACGAUCGUUAUCGAGUCGAGCAGCUUCAGCUUCACCCCCCCGACCACUACUCAGUCUGCUACUACCACUGCGCCGCUGCCCACCGACCUACCCGACGUCAUUAUAUGCCCGAAUGGCAAUAAUCCUGCUCCCAAGGGUAGCAAACUGAUCCAGAUCGGCUUCAAGUACCCGCUCAACUACAACUUCGUGGCCAGUAAUCGUAACGCUUCUGGUAUUAUCUGCGGGACGCUUCUUCCGGCUUGCGCUAAUGCCAGCGACCUUUAUGACUUGAGCAGGGGCCAAGUUACGUCGCUUGUUCCUUACGACACUCGCGCAACUGCGGGCUUUAUUACCACGAUCGCCAAGAUGUACUUUCCCGAGACUUUGGUUCCUUUGCUCAAUGCCAGCAUCUGGGUUCCCAACUCGAAGCUCUACACCAUGCCCGAUGAGCUGAUGAGAAAUUUGACUGCUCAAAUUGAACCCAAAAUUGGCCUUCUUGGCAACAAUGACGAUGAUGCUGCCAAGGGCGGCAACACUGGCUCCAACAACAACAACGAUGCCCUUGGUGGAUCCGGCAACGAUCAGUCGAGCCAGUCUGGCAAGCAGCGCGCUACCUUGGUGGGUAUUUUCAUGGGGGCCGUAGGUGGUAGUGCCAUGGUCGGCGCCGCCAUGUUCAUUGUUGCCCGCCGCUACAAGCGCAAGCGUCAGGGCCACCGUCGCUCCAGCUCUAUUACCUCGGCUGGUCGGUCGGAUCAGAUGCAGUAUGCCGGCAACGGCAGUCCUGCUCUGAUGGGCGGUGCUCUCCUCAGCCCCAACAAUCGCGGCACGUACGGCGGCCAGAGCCAAAACAGCAUGGGCUCUGCUCGCACCGCCAACAUUUCCGCCCCCGUUGCGACGGAGAAUUCUCUGGGGUGGAACUAA